AUGUCAAGACUAUGCAGCCUCAUCUCCAUAUGGACAAUACUGGCUGCCAUGAAAGAAACUACAGCGACCACCAAACGUAAAUUGGAAGGCGCCUCAGUAACUUCGCAGCACCCACUGCAUUCUUCACAAGAGCCCAAAGCCAUUCCACGCACCGUGACUAACACACCAAUCUCCUCUGCUAUACCAGUACCGACCAGCUACGGCUUCAUCCUCUUCCCCGCAUUUGAGGUCAUAGACGUCUUCGGGCCCCUAUCACCUCUAAACCUCCUAUCUCUGAACCAGAAGAUGAACCUGCACCUCCUCUCGAACAGCCUCUCCGCCACAUCGACUCGGCCCCACGCCACAGCCAUGAACAGCGCAAACUCAUUCUUCGCUGAAUCCAUUCCGCCCACGCACACACAUUCACCUCCCCAACCCCCCGCGGCCGAUAUCCAGCCCCACAUCGACUUCCUCGCCGCGACGUAUCCGAAGCUGCAGUAUCUGGUGACGGUAUGCACGGGGGCUGGGCUCGCGGCGCGCGCAGGCGUGCUGGACGGACGGCGUGCGACGACAAGCAAGCGGGAGUGGAACGCGACCACGUCGCUAAGACCACAGGUCAACUGGGUCAGCCAUGCUCGUUGGCUGCGUGAUGGGAAUGUCUUCUCUGGCUCGGGAGUUACGGCGGCGAUCGAUACGACGCUCGCGUUCAUUGAACAUGUGUAUGAGAAUGACACUGCGACAGAGAUAGCUAAUAGCAUCGAGCAUACCCGCUGGCCGGACGCAAGCUAUGCAUAA